CUGGAAGAGAACGAAAGUGCGAAGCAGCAAAACAGGCGCCUGAAAACAGCAGUGCAUCGUCUGGGGUCUGCGUCAAGGCUCCAAAUUCCCUUUUUCUCAACAGAUCACAGCUUCCUUCCUGCAGUCAGCAUCAGGCCAUCCAUCUGUCGCAUCGCAUGGCAGUGAGUAAGUGGCGCCCGACACAGCACAGACACGCUCACUCACCUGAAUGUGCAUCUCUCUGUCUGUCUGUCUGUCUGUCUGUCCAUCUCUCAAUCACAGGAGCGGCGUUCGAGAACAGCAGUGAGGUCGGCGUGUACGCCAAGCUGACCAACGCGUACGCCUUGGUGGCCAUCGGCGGGUCGGAGAACUUCUACUCUGUCUUCGAGGCCGAACUCGCCGACCACAUCCCCGUCAUCCACGCCAGCAUCGGCGGCACGCGGAUCAUUGGCAGAGUCUCUGUCGGUCAGUCAGUCAAACAAAAAAGGAGGCGAAACACCCACACACCCACACACACACGACGGCCAUCCGUGUGUGUGGUGUGUGGUUGUGACCCAACUACGUAGGCAACAGGAAGGGCUUGUUGGUGCCGACGAUAACGACUGACCAGGAGCUGCAGCAUCUGCGCAACGCUCUGCCAGACAGCGUCAAGAUCCAGAGGGUGGAGGAGAGGCUGUCGGCCCUCGGCAACUGCAUCGCCUGCAACGACUACGUCGCACUCGUACACACCGACCUCGACAGGCAGGUCGGCAGCAAGUCGACAGACGCGAGAUGGUCUGCAUGGAAUUUGUCGAUCUGAUCUGCCUGUGUGCGUGUGACCAGACGGAGGAGAUUUUGCAGGACACGCUUGACGUGGAGGUGUUCCGGGCCACGAUAGCGGGCAACGUUCUGGUCGGCAGCUACUGCGCCAUCACCAACCUCGGCGGACUGGUAAGACAACACCGACGAAUGACACCAGCACAUUCAUGUGUGGAUGGAUGUGUGUGUGUGUGUGUGUAGGUGCAUGCUCGUACGUCGGUCGAGGACAUGGAGGAGUUGUCUCAGCUGCUGCAGAUACCCCUCACCGCAGGCACCAUCAACAGAGGAUCUGACGUCAUCGGCGCUGGUGCGACAGACAGACAGACAGACAGAGAGAAAGACAGAGAGAAACGUGCAUAUAGUGGAGUGACUGAGUGAGUGCUCUCUCGUGUGUGUGCAGGUGUGGUGGCCAACGAUUGGGCAGCUUUCUGUGGAAUGGACACGACCGCAACGGAGCUGGGGGUGGUCGAACGGAUCUUCAAACUCUCAGGUCAGCAGAGCAAUGCGCUCAUCCGCCCGGCUACCCACACGCACACACACUGAUGCUGUGCUGUGCUGUCUGUCCUUUUAUGUGUGUGCAGGUGCGACCCAGGAGCCGUCGAAGGUGAUGGGCGACCUGACACUGAGGAGUUCCCUCAUCGACACACUCACAUGACGGGUGGCCGUCAUGGCCUGUGAGGAUGUGGCUGGGCGGGCGGGGUCGGUCUGGAUGCUAUCAGUGUGUUUGGGGUGUACGUGUGUGUGGGUAUGCACCGCUUUGCUGGUGCAUUCAUCGAUGCGAUUGAGUGAUUGACCGAGUGAAUGGGUGAGUGGGUCAUUGUCUGUCUGGUGGGCGUCUUGUUCUUUGUGGCAAGGUGUCAUGCACAGUGUGGCUGGCUGGCUGGAGUGCGUCGACUAGACGGAUGGAUGGAUGGAUGGGCGGGACAAGACAAAAAAGCAGGACAUUGUUUUUUCAGUGAAGCAACGAAGUGCAAUGAAAUGAAAUCAGCAGG